AUGGCGCGUGGAAGCGGCAAUGGCAGCAAUGGAGCAGCUGGCGCGAAGGGCAAGGGGUCUAAGGAGAAUGAUAAAACUAUGGAGAAGGAUACUCUCGCCAAAACCAACAAGGGUCGUAAGGCGGGAAUCAAACAAUCCAUGUCUGAGGACUACCUCUGGCCUGUGUCUCUAUAUCUUCAUGACAAACUAGAUGCUGAGUCAUUAACUGCACUUCGGGCCAAUCAUGAUAAAGUCUCAAAGUCCGAUACAAAUGGAGACCUUCUUGUUCGCGUGCUCUAUCUGCUGGAACAAAAGUCCAUGGCUGACCGUGCUACACUCCUGGAAGGUCAAAGAAGAUGA